CUGCGGACCUGUCCGAAAAAGAAUACUCCGAAUCCUUCUCAGCAUUUUUAGAGAGAGAGAGAGAAGCAGUAACAGUGAAUGAGACCUAUACAUACAUAUAUAUAGAUACAUAUUACAUUGCAUUCACUUGCGUGUGUAUAGGCGGCGAGAGAAGGGUGAAGAAUUUUUUGGUUUCGAGUUCAAGCUCCAGUUAAUUUUGCAGUACUGUUUGAUCCCCAUUUUCCUGAAUUUCUUUCUCGCAGCGAGUAAGCUCCAAGGAAUGUUCAAACACGCGCUCUUGCUUGGAGGCUUGCCUUCUUUGGAUUGAGAGCUGAUGUUUUGUUAAGGAAGUAAGACGUUAAACAAUUUUAUAUUGGCUGCUGACUGAGGAAGAAUUAAAUGCGGUUGGAUGACAUCGAGGCACAAUUGCUUGCAGUACACAGAAGUCAACCUAAGCAAUCUAAGUUUCUUGAUGUACAAAUGUUGCAGCGCCAAGUCAUGUUUAGACAGCUGCAGGACCUGCAGCGGAGGCAGCAGCAACUCCAGGAGUUGGGUGAUACUCAAAACCCGAAUUUCAUAAAUCAACUGUCAUCAAAGCAUGCUUCCAUUGGCCAGUUUCCACAUACACUUAACGGUGGGACUCCCUUACAAGAUUCCACCCAAAUGUCCCUAUUUGGCAAUAUGGAAACAAUGCCGGGCGGAUUAGUUCUCACCCAAAAUCGUAAUCCUGAUGCAGUUGGUCCUGUUGACCUGUUGCCGCACCAAUUUGACAUAUCCUCAUAUGGGAAUUCUCAUCUUCAAGGACCUUCUAACCUUUCUGUCAAUAUGCAGACCAAGAACAGUAACAGUUUAGGUGUGGGAACACUGCAGCCAUCACCGUAUGGCAGCUCAUUCAUGAAUCAGCAGUUCAGCUUCCCUUCUGAUCGGAUUCGUAUGCCGGAUGGCCAAGUUUCAGUUGAAGGUUGUAAUAGAGAAAGUUUGUCUGGAAACUACUCCGAGCAAGGGAUAGUUCCAAUGCAAGGAAAUGCAUCACUUCUUGAAUCUGAAGGUGGGCAUCAAGAUGCUGACUGGGGUGGAUUUUCUCCUGGGAAAUCAUCCAAUCUUGGCACUGCUUCUCUGGAUCCAUUGGAACAGAAAAUAUUAUACGGUACCGAUGACAGUAUAUGGGAAUCAUCAUCAAACAGAAGCAGCAAAAUUAGUACAGGAGGCUUUCAGACUACAGUCGACCAUGCUUCUCAGGUAGAUUCCUUGCCUUCGAUACAAAGUGGUAGCUGGAGUGCUCUAAUGCUGUCUGCUGUCGAAGAAACAUCUAGCAGUGAAACAGGGGUGCAGGAGGAGUGGAGCAGAUUGAGUUUCAAGAACCCCGGAUCAUUAAAUGGGAUUCAGCUUCCAAACUACAACGAACCCAAAAUGCUGCAAAAUAAUUGGGUCGAUAGAAAUUCACAGAACACCCCUCCUCCAAGCUCAGGAACUUCUAGACAUUUGUUUCAGAAUUUGAAUGCAAACCACAGUUUCCCCAAUUUCCAGGAAUCAGGCCAGCAGUAUGGAUCUUCCCAUGCCACCAUGGAUCACUUUCCUGGAAAUAGUGGCCAGUUUAUCGACUACAGCUCUCAACAAACCAUUUCCACUCAGGGGACACAAGUGAAUCAACCGCCUCUGUUGUCUUCGAUGUCACCAGAUUCUGGCUUCAGAUUGCAGGCGGCAGAUCCUCAAGCUUCCCAAGCAUAUUCAUUUUUCCCAACAUUGGGGAGCUCAAGUGCAACAUUUGUAUGUGGAAGCAGUGAUUCUGAAAAUCAACACCCUGCUCUGCCGGCCCCACAGUCCAUAGGUUUUGAAUUUCCACCAUGUAGUGCUUCUGCAACCCUACAGCAUUCUGGUGGUCAAGAAUUCCCUCCUUUGGAGAAGAGUCUGGUCAAUCAACCCUCUUUUAAGUCAGAUAUGUUGCAACGAACGGUGCAGCCUACCCCCUGGCCAGAUAUUGCUGCUCAACAGCAUGCAUCUGCCCGCAAACCGAACAAGUUCUCCAAUAUGUUUGGAUUCCCUAAUCCAGCAUCAAGUAGUCAUGAGGCAACUGAGCAUCCCAAUAAAAAAUCUUUCCAACAAGAACAAGAAUCAGGUCCGAGUUUAAGGAAACUAGAGGGUUCUGAUCAGCAAAUUAACUCAUCAGAGAUAAAUAGCUCGAUAUCCCAUGGAAGUGAAAACACACAAGAAUAUGAGAAAAAUCGCAGCGCAGAAGCCAGUGCUAUUGGAUAUGAUCCAUUGACGAAUCAGCAGCUUUCUGACCAACUAGGGGGAGGUAACAAUGAUGUUCCUCCUGGAGAUAUUGGAGCCUACGGUAAUUCUUUGAGCCAAAGUUACUCUCUUUUGCACCAAGUGCAUUCUUCAAGAAACGAAACUGAUGGUGGCAAGAGUUGCCUGAGUAAAUACAACCUUGUGAAUCAUCAAAGGCCAAAUGUGAAUGCAAUGGAGCUGUUACUGAGCGGACAGAAGUCUGGAGUCAAAGAUGCUGCAAAAAAUGAUCCACAUGUUGUACCACAGCUUGGCUCGAUUUUUUCUGGGAGCUUUCCGCAAGAGACUCAACUAAAUGAAUUGAGUAGAGGUUCGCUGACAGCCAUUCAUCAGAAGCAAGCAGAGACCUUUGGAAGCAAUGAAGCAGCCUCAUAUCCAUCACAUAACAGUCUGCACAAGGCUCCAUCAUGGAUUACGAAUUACAGAACCUUGAAGGAUGGGAAUCUGCUACCUACGUGUGAACCGACACCUGUAAUUUGUACAGAACACCAAUUUUCAAACUUACAGCAAAAUAAUUUGACUAUGCAAGUUAAUUUAGCCCAAGGGAACGAAAGAGGGGGUUAUUAUCCAUCAACAGCUGCAGUCUCCAUCUUAUGCAAGAAAGAAGACAGCCCUUCUGUUGUGGCUUCAGAUGUGAUGACUUCUCAAAAGUUGCCAGUCUCAUUACCCAAGAAACGAAAACUUGCUGAAUUUUCCAUGGUAGCGUGGCGUAAAGAAAUGAUUCAAGAACCAUCGGAGCUGUAUGAUGUCAGCACUGUGGAAUUAUUAUGGGCACAAGCUUUGAAUAGGAGACCGAUGGAGGUAAAAGAUGAGGCUGAUGUUGUCGAAGAAUAUACUCCGCCUAUUCGUGCCAAAAGAAGGCUUAUUUGCAAUACCCAGCUCAUGCAGCUGGUGUUUGGACCUAUGCCUGCUUUCAUACUACAAUCUGAUGCCACUUCGAGUCCCGAUAUUGUGCCGUGUUUUGCUGCUAGAUUAACGUUAGGAAAUGCUUGGAACCUGACCAGCCAACUUUCAAAGAAGAGCAACGAUACAUCGCCUGAUAAGCCAAACAACUCCAAGAGAAGAAAAGACCAGCAGUUUUUGGAAAUUGUCGAAGGCUUUAUCAGUCAACAACUGAAGCUCAAAAGUGACCUAUUCAGAACCCCAAAAGUACCAUGCUAUGCUGCUCUGAAAGUGGAGGCUCAGGAAUUGGAGAAAUUUUCUAUAAUUAACCGAUUUGCCAAAAUCCAUAUCAAGGCUACCCAACCCACCCCCUCCCCCACCUCAGUAGACCCUGCAGCAGCAGCAGCAACCCAUCCUGCCCCCAAAUCCAACAUUCAGAGAUAUGUGGUAGCCGUCCCGAUGCCUAGCACAGUACCUGAAGGGGUAGAUUGCCUUUCCUUGUAGCCAUGAAUGUGGAUAGUCUCCAUUAAAAUACACUGCAAUACAGGUCAGUUCAUCUCCAAGUAAGUGUUGAUCAAGUUUAGAUUUUGGAGCAAUAAUAAAUACCCCCCAACCCCCCCCCCCCCCCCCCCCCUCUCUCUAUAUAUAUAUAUACAUAUAUAUAUAUAUGACUAUAUGUGUAUGUCUCUCUUUGUGUGUUUUGUCCUGCUGGUCUCUGUAUUAGUGUAGGGAGGCUUCUUUAGUAGAUCUAAGCCCUUAAUUCUAUGGAUUUGGUAGCAAUUUGUAUGGGAUGCAUAUUAGUGCAUAAAUCUAUUUUGUUGCUAACUUUAAGAAAUCUGCACAAAAAUUAGGGCUCACUUUUGACUUUAAUGUAGUGUGUAUAAAGACAAAAAAUAAUCUGUUUUUGAGGAUUCCUAUUUUAUCUGGUGGGUUAGUUACAACUUUGUUGUCUCUAAAUUAUCCAUUUGGCUGUCUGGGAUCUGGUUCCGCCACGUCAUCAUUCUGAUUUUUUUCCAUAAAUAGCAUGUCCAGUCAGUAUCUGAAGAUCCUAUCAUGUGUGAGGGCAAAAGGGUUUUUGAAAAAGAUUUGAACUUUUGGCUUUGAUGCAUAUAUUUGUAUAUAAUUAUAUAUAUAUAUAUAUAUUGUGUGCGCCUGCUUUUUGUGGUGUUAUAUUGGUUGAUGAUUUGGAAUGGGCAGAAUAAAAGUAAGAAAACAACAAAUAUUUGGGUCAAUUUAAUAGCCAAUAAUAAUUAAUAAUAAUAUUAAGUGUGUGUGUGGGCACAAAGGAAGACAAUGAUGUGCUGUUGCAUAUUUUAUAUGUAUAUAUAUAUUUAUAUUUAUAGUGUUUAAUUUUAUAUUAUUGGAAACAAGAGAAUGGAAUGUUUUGUGAUUUUGGAACCUGUCUCCUUUUGUGUCAUUUUCUGUUAUUUUAUUUAUUGUUAUGUGCUUCUUGCUCUUUUUAGGUGGGCUAGCAUUUAGCAUGAAAAUAUAACACACGAAUAUUUGUGUCUGUAUUUAAAUUUGGUUUGAUUUGAGUUGCAAAUUUAUUAAAUAAUUGCACUAUACAUUGUCUUUUAGAUACCA